CCCACAAUAAGAUAGAUUUAAAGAGUGUUAUGAAUGAAAAUGUCCACGAAACAGGAUAACGUUUAACCCUUUCAUAGUUGGGUUUGGCUCUCUUAUCUGAUGGUAUGUUAAUUGGUAAAAAGAAAAACAAGAAUUUGGAUACAAUCGGAGGGAGUUAAAGAAGUACACAUUGAAAAGUUAAUUCAGUGUGAGGGUGUAAAAAACUGACGUUGAACUAGCUGAAGCAAUCCUGAAUUAUCAGAGGAGGAUUAUGACAGUCAACUCUCAGAUCAUUGUCAAAAGACCAGUUGGGGGUAAGAUUGAUCUGAUACUGGAGCUGACUAAGUGUAGAAUGAAGGAAGAGCCGGACACUUGCGAGUUCAACUCUCGACACAGAGUGGUACUCGACUGUCAGCAACUCCACGAUCAGAACAAGAUGUGGUCGGAAUUUGUCCAACACAUCACCAACCUGUCUGACCAGUGCCCUGUAUCUCCUGGAGAAUACAACAUGACAGAUGCACCAGUAUCUCUCCGGAACAUGGAUCGCUUGCCUCUUGGAUUCGGUUACUGGAAAAUCAAUGCAAACGGGAUUAUUAAGAAAAAAUUAAUUUUCUGUAUUGUGGCUGAAUUGAACAUUGAAAUACAAAGAAUAAGAAAACAUAAAUAUUAAAUUGUA